AAAAAAAAAAAAAAGAAAAAAAGAAAAAAUUCCUUCUUCCCCAUCUCGCAAUUAACGCAGGACAUAUUAGAACGAACACCUUUUAAGAGUUACAGUCUUUAUAGUCUUACAGUGAUGAGAAGAGAAGCAUCAUAAGUCAGAGUUCCGAAACGAUAUCGGUCGCUCAAGUUCUCACUUUUCUACAGUUUAAAACCUUUUGCUUCAUUCAAAACCCUAAGCAAGCUUGAUCGAUAGAGAGAGAGAGAGAUCAGAAUGCCAGAGGUAAAGAUAAUAGCGAAGAAUUUCAUGGACAUGGUGGCGUCCUUGCCGGCCAUGAAGCUUGACAAGCUCUACGACAACGCUUUCAUCUGCGAAGCCAUUCUCAGGUCUCUGCCACCUUUGGCCAAGAAGUAUGUUUUACAAAUGUUAUACAUUGAUUCUCCGAUAACUGCCAAGUCAAUGGAGGUGUGGGUACUUCCUGAUGGGUCCUCAAAGCAUAGAGUUGCGAUUGAUAGGUUGAUUCAGUUAAGGGUAUUCACUGAAACUGUUGACAGGAGAAAGGAAACAACUUACAAAAUCAAUCCAACAUUUCAGACAAACCUCCAAAAGCUUUUAACACAUGGUGAAGUUUUGCCAAGGGAACCAAUGCCUUCUAACAUAACCGUGAGGCUCCCAAGCGUGGAGGAACUUGAUGUGUAUGCCAUUGGACAAUGGGAGUGUUUCUUGCUCCAACUUAUAAGCUCGGCUCAAGCUGAAAGGCCAUCGAAUAUCAGCUCUUCCAUGAUGAAAGUUUUCCAGAGAGGCCUUUUGAGUCAAAGGGAUAAAGAAGCUCCGCGAUUAACUGAUAGUGGUUUCCAGUUCUUGCUGAUGGACACCAAUGCACAACUUUGGUACAUCAUCAGAGAAUACAUCUCUAAUUCUGAGGAGCGAGGUGUGGAUCCAGCUGAUUUAAUUUCAUUCCUAUUAGAGCUUAGCUUUCAUGUCACCGGUGAGGCAUAUAAUAGUAACACAUUGACUGAAGUUCAAAGGAAUACGAUUAAGGACCUAACAGACUUGGGAUUGGUAAAACUUCAGCAGGGCAGGAAAGAGAGUUGGUUUAUACCUACUAAAUUAGCUACCAAUCUUUCAGUGAGCUUAACAGAUUCAUCAUCACGGAAACAAGGAUUUGUUGUUGUGGAAACAAAUUUUAGGUUGUAUGCGUACUCUACUUCAAAGUUGCAUUGUGAAAUUCUACGUCUUUUCUCAAGGGUAGAGUAUCAACUUCCGAAUCUUAUAGUUGGAGCAAUCACAAAAGAAAGUUUGUAUAAUGCUUUCGAAAAUGGUAUUACAGCAGAUCAGAUAAUUUCUUUUCUUCAGCAGAAUGCUCAUCCUCGCGUAGCAGAGAGAAUACCAACUGUACCAGAAAAUGUCACAGAUCAGAUUAGGCUGUGGGAAUCAGAUCUGAAUAGGGUUGAGAUGAAUCCUGCACAUUAUUAUGAUGAAUUUCCUUCUAGGGAAAUUUUUGAGGCUGCUUGUGACCACGCACGAGAGUGGAAUGGGUUGCUAUGGGAGGAUUCAAAACGUAUGCGUCUUGUGGUCAAGGCAGAAAUACACAUCCAUAUGCGAGACCAUUUACGUGGUCAAAAGCAGUAGGCCAGAUAUUGUUACAAUUUUUCCUGAUGAUGAAUUACUGGCAAUACAAGCAGUCAGGUAGAGCAAUAUACAUGGAACAUGCUACAUGGUUUGUGUACAUUCUGGGGCUGUCGGAUAUCAGAUUCUUCCUUUUUGCUCGAGUUAUGUUGGAUUUACCAAUAAAGACUGAGUCAUGCAUCAUGGAAAAAUGCUGUGAACAUACUGAAGAUGGAGAGGAUUAAUUCUACACUGCAAUCAGAUUGUAAAAAUGCUGUACUCUAUAAAAUGAGUUGAGUUUCAAAUCCCAA